GUGCCCCUUUCCGGAAAUCUCUGGCCACCCCCACUGGCCAGGCUGUCCCUCCCACUGACCCUGGGGCCCCUCCCACCCCCACUCCAGAUAAGGCCAGCCCAGGACUGCUUCACUGGGCACUAGGCACAAGGGCUGGAAUGGGGCCGCCUGGCUCCCCACGGCAGUGGGUCCUGCUGCUGCUGGGGCUGCUGCUUCCCCCCGCCGCCCCCUUCUGGCUCUUCAAUGUGCUCUUCCCCCCGCACACCACGCCCAAGGCUGAGCUCAGUAACCACACACGGCCCGUCAUCCUCGUGCCUGGCUGCCUGGGGAAUCAGCUGGAAGCCAAGCUGGAUAAACCAAAUGUGGUGAACUGGAUGUGCUACCGCAAGACAGACGACUUUUUCACCAUCUGGCUGGAUCUCAAUAUGUUCCUACCCGUUGGCGUAGACUGCUGGAUUGAUAACACCAGGGUUGUCUACAACCGCAGCUCUGGGCGAGUAUCCAAUGCCCCCGGUGUACAGAUCCGUGUUCCCGGCUUUGGCAAGACCUACUCUGUUGAGUAUCUGGACAACAGCAAGUUGGCAGGUUACAUGCACACACUGGUUCAGAACCUGGUCAACAAUGGGUAUGUGCGGGAUGAGACGGUGCGGGCCGCCCCCUACGACUGGCGGCUGGAGCCCAGCCAGCAGGAGGAGUACUACCUGAAGCUUGCUGGGCUAGUGGAGGAAAUGCACGCUACCUACAGAAGGCCUGUCUUCCUCAUUGGGCACAGCCUCGGCUGCCUGCACUUGCUCUAUUUCUUACUGCGCCAGCCCCAGGCCUGGAAGGACCGCUUCAUCGAUGGUUUCAUCUCUCUUGGGGCUCCCUGGGGUGGCUCCAUCAAGCCCAUGAUAAUCUUGGCCUCAGGUGACAACCAGGGCAUCCCAAUCAUGUCCAGCAUCAAGCUGAAAGAGGAGCAGCGCAUGACAACAGCGUCCCCCUGGAUGUUUCCCUCCAGCCAGGCAUGGCCCGAGGACCACGUGUUCAUUUCCACCCCCACCUUCAACUACACAAGCCGUGACUUGCAGCGCUUCUUUACAGACCUGCACUUUGAGGAAGGCUGGUACAUGUGGUUACAGUCACGUGACCUGCUGGCAGGGCUCCCAGCACCUGGCGUGGAAGUAUACUGUCUGUAUGGCGUGGGCCUGCCCACACCCAGCACCUACAUCUUCGACCAUGGCUUCCCCUACACGGACCCUGUGGGUGUGCUCUAUGAGGACGGGGAUGACACCGUGGCCACGCGCAGCACCGAGCUCUGUGCCCAGUGGCAGGGCCGCCAACAGCAGCCUGUGCACCUGCUGCCUCUGCCUGGGAUACAGCACCUCAAUAUGGUCUUCAGCAACCAGACACUGGAGCACAUCAAUGCCAUCCUGCUGGGUACCUACCGAAAUAGCACUGCCGUACCCCCAACUGCCAGCCCAAGGCCCAUGCCCCCUGAAUAAAGACCUUCCUUUGCUGCUAUAAGCCCUGACGUGUGUUAUGGGUUCAGGGAAAGGCACUAAGGUCCUCACACCAGGAUUCAUUCACCUGCAGACCUGGUGCUUUGUGGAG